AUGGCUCUCGCUAAAGAAAACCAGGCCCUUAGUUACAGAGAUGUGAGAGUCAACAGUGACAUGGCUCACAAAUCCCCGCACUACAUACAUGUACUGUACCAUAAUGGUGACCUCAGGCCUCCGGUCUACCACCAUGUUCCCGUGUGGGGCAGCUCUGAUGGAGGGGAGUCCUACCUGACUUUGGCCUUAGAGGUAGCUCUGAUGGGAAUGGGCCAGCAGAGGAUAAUGCCCGAGGGUCUCUACGCUCAGGAUAAGGUGUGUCGUAACGAGGAGCAGAUUGUCUUGAAACUUCAAGAACUCGAGCUAGACGACCUCCUGGUUCAGACUCUUCGGAAACAGUCCGUCCAGCUACUAGAAGCUGGUCCGUUCAGCGGUCUAGGUGAGGUCAUCCACAGGGAGAGUGUUCCCAUGCACACCUUUGCUAAGUACCUCUUCACCGCCCUGCUGCCACACGACGCAGACAUGGCAUACAAGGUGGCUCUGCGCGCCAUGAGGCUGCCGGUGCUGGAGUCCUCCGCAGGCUCCGGGGACGGGGGGCACCCUCACCACGGCAUCUCCAUCGUUCCCAGUAGAUACCCGCGCUGGUUCACUCUGGGUCACCUGGAGUCCCAGCAGUGUGAGCUGGCCUCCACCAUGCUCACUGCUGCUAAAGGUGACAUGUUGAGGUUGCGCACGGUGCUGGAGGCGAUCCAGAAGAACAUCCACUCCUCUUCCUUAAUCUUCAAACUGGCCCAGGAUGCCUUUAAAAUCGCCACCCCCGCAGACAACCCGCCCGAUAUAACUCUGCUCAACGUGGCACUGGAGCUAGGCCUUCAGGUGAUGAGGAUGACUCUGUCCACACUGAACUGGAGAAGGAGAGAGAUGGUUCGAUGGCUAGUAACCUGUGCCACUGAAGUCGGUAAGUGAUGCCUCUA